AUCCGGUCUCUUUCGUGCUUCGCAGGGAUCGAGCAUGGCGGACGCCGGUGUGGCGGAGACGCUCCUACGGCGGAUUGAGAAGGCGGACGGCGGUGUGGACAGCCUCGACGUGGCGAGCAGCCUCGGGCUGGACCACCAGGUCGUCGUCGGGGCCGUGAAGAGUCUGCAGGCCCUCGGAGACUUAAUCUCAGCCGAGCAGCGCUCCUCCAAACACUGGGAGCUGUCGGAGGAGGGCACGGAGAUAGCCGAGCAGGGCAGCCAUGAGGCUCGGGUGUUCGGCUCCAUCCCGCUGGACGGUCUGGCUCAGAGUGAGCUCAUGAAACUGUCCUUUGGGAAGAUCGGCUUCAGCAAGGCGAUGUCCAACAAGUGGAUCAGGCUGGACAAGACGCACGAGGGCGGCCCCAGGAUAUUCAGGACUGUGGAGAGCAUACAGGACCAAGAAAAAAACUGUUUUGGAGUGAUUCUUGUGUCUGUGUUCAGGACGGUGAAGUCGUACUGGAUCACUAAGGGCCCCUCCUUCAGCACCACCAUCACCAAACAGGAGACAGAGCUCACUCCAGACAUGAUUGCCAAUGGCAGCUGGAAAGAGAAGAAGUUUAAGCCGUACAACUUUGAGGCGAUGGGCGUGGCCCCAGACUGCGGCCAUCUGCACCCGCUGAUGAAAGUGCGAACGCAGUUCAGGCAGAUCUUCCUCGAGAUGGGCUUCUCAGAGAUGCCGACCAACAACUUCAUCGAGAGCUCUUUCUGGAACUUCGACUCGCUGUUCCAGCCGCAGCAGCACCCGGCCAGAGACGCACACGACACCUUCUUCCUGUCCGACCCAGCUCUCGCCCACGAGUUCCCGCAGGACUACCUGGAGAGAGUGAAGAAGGUCCACUCAGAGGGAGGCUUUGGCUCACAAGGGUACAAAUAUGACUGGAAGAUAGAGGAGGCUCAGAAGAACAUCCUCCGCACUCACACUACGGCAGUCAGCGCACGCAUGCUGUAUAAACUGGCUCAACAGGAGAAGUUCACCCCCGUCAAGUAUUUCUCCAUCGACCGGGUGUUCAGGAACGAGACGCUGGACGCCACCCACCUGGCCGAGUUCCACCAGAUCGAGGGCGUGGUGGCCGACUACGGCCUCACGCUGGGAGACCUGAUCGGCAUCCUGUACCAGUUCUUCACUAAACUAGGAAUUACCAAACUCCGCUUCAAGCCUGCCUACAACCCGUACACCGAGCCCAGCAUGGAGGUGUUCAGCUACCACGAAGGACUCCAAAAGUGGGUGGAGGUGGGAAACUCUGGGGUCUUCAGACCAGAGAUGCUGCUGCCCAUGGGUCUCCCCGAGGACGUGUCUGUGAUCGCCUGGGGGCUGUCUCUGGAAAGGCCCACCAUGAUUAAAUACGGCAUCAACAACAUCCGAGAGCUGGUGGGACACAAAGUCAACCUGCAGAUGGUCUACGACAGCCCCAUGUGUCGACUGGAGUCCUGAAGUUCACCCACCGUUUAUCCUUAUUAUUAUUAUUAGUAUUAUUAUUUAGAAUUGGACCCACCUUUCCUUUAGCUGGGACAACUCCUUUCUACGCCUCCCUCUCCUGCUGAGCUCGACCAGUAAAACCAGUUGGAAGGCGACCGAUGCAGAAAGACUUGAGACAGACUUCUUCAAAGGGCUUUUACACACAGGAGCAGCCUUUUUAUAUGAACUUAAUAUUCCAAAACAUCAUGCAAAUCUUACCUUUGUUACAUACUAAGAAGAGUUUGUUGCACCCCGCUACUGCAGGAAAUAUCUGACUUCUGUUAUGUGACAGAGGUUCAAUAAAAAUGCUUCUUUGUUCCCAAAUA